AUGUCUGCCUCUCUUUUGCGCACUUCCACUGCUCGCGCGGCUCUACGCGCCGGAGCUUCGGCUCCUCGUUCAAACGUAGCUGGCCUUGCUGGGACGAGCUUCGUUCGCACCAAAGUCACUCUUCCUGACCUUGCCUAUGACUAUGGCGCCCUCGAGCCAUCCAUUUCAGGCAAAAUCAUGGAGAUCCAUCACAAGGGUCACCACAACGUGUACGUGACUGGUUACAACACCAACAUCGAGAAACUAGAGGAAGCGCAAGCCAAGAGCGACAUUGCCGCUCAGAUUGCCCUCAAGCCAUUGAUCAACUUUCACGGUGGUGGUCACAUCAAUCACACACUCUUUUGGGAGAAUCUGGCCCCCAAGAGCGCCGGCGGUGGCGAGCCACCAUCAGGUUCUCUAGGAAAGGCCAUUGAUGAGACAUACGGCACCUUUGGCGAAUUCCAGAACAAGUUCAACACUGCUCUCGCUGGUAUUCAGGGUAGUGGUUGGGCCUGGUUGGUCAAGGAUAAGGAAACCGGUGAUAUCUCUAUCAAGACCUAUGCCAACCAAGACCCCGUCGUCGGCCAAUACGUUCCUAUCCUCGGCGUCGAUGCCUGGGAGCAUGCUUACUACCUUCAAUACCAGAACCGCAAAGCCGAAUACUUCAAGGCUAUCUGGGAGGUGCUGAACUGGAAGGCAGCCGAGAAGCGUUUCGGUGCUUAA